AUGCCGAGCAUGGCCCGAUUCGGUCGGGCCAAGAAAACGCCAAAAGCAGUAGCCAACAAUGCUAACUCGGACAUGCUUGUAUCACCGACGUCAGAUCCUCCGCGACGGUCCCCUCGUGUUAGUUUACCACAUGUGGAAACGCAACUGAAUAUGCAUCAAUACAGUGGUCUUUUUGAUCUCGACGCCCCGGAACGUCUAAAGGCCGUGGAGUCGUCUGCAGAGUCGAUUACUUCGCAUUCCUCGAACGCCCGAACAAAUGGGUCAACACUUACGAACAGUGACUCAAUGACAACUGAAUGGUCUUCGGCAGUCGGUCACGCAGCCACGGGCAAGUCUGGUCGUGUCAUACAUAAUCUACAGGAGGAUAUUGCCCGCUUGACGCGAGAGUGCAGUGUUUAUCGUUCCCGGGCGGAAGAAACACAGCGCAUGAACGAUGCCUUCAAGACUCAGGUACAAAACAUGACGGAACGUCUCCGGAACCUGGAGCAGGCACACGAGACGAACCUGCAUUCGAUCUCUCGCAAAGAUAAGAAAAUCGAGGAGUUACGCGCAGAGGUGCAGAGCGAAAAGGAUAGACGACUGCGAGCAGAGACGGACACGAAAAAAUUCCAUCAACUGAUGGAUGAAAGCCGUGAUGAUUUCAAUCGGAAAUGCGCGGAGUUGCAGGAGAUCGCCAACCAUGCUCGGACCCAGUAUGACGUGCUUGCUAAAGCUGGGCAACGUGAGCGCGCAGAUCAACAAAGGAGGGUGAAGGCGAUUCGCGAUGAGAUCGAUGCUCUAAAAACACGACAAGAAGAAAAGAGUCUGCACCUUGAGCGCUUGGAUGCUGUGAUGGCCCAGAAAAAUCGUGAGAUUGAGAUUGGCCGAGAAAAUUUUGACAAGCUCUUUGAGGUGUACGAGUCCUAUAAAAAAGCCCAUGACGAAGAGGUCCACACACUCGUUGAGAGGGGUCGCCAGGGUGAUGCCAAUUUGAACGCAGCUUUGGCUUCUUUGAAGGAAACUGAAGAUCGGAUGAAAUGGGCAAUCCAGGUCAAGAACGAGGUCAAAGAUGCCAAUUAA